AUGGCCACGCAUUUGCCGGUCAUCCGGCCAGAGAGCCCCGAGUUCCCCACCGUGGCGCGCAGCCGUGCCUCGAGUGGUGCCGCGCUGGCGCCCUUGGCGCCGCCGUGCCAACCACGGGGGUCUCUGCAGAACGUUGCCAGUUGUCCCCAUCUGCCCGCGGCAAAGGGUGCCCGAAAACGUGACGAAGAGGAGCAGGCUUUCCUGGCGCGGCAGCUCCAUCAUUCCGCGUCCCAGAACCGCAGGCAGAGGUCGAUGGCGCAGCGGGACUGGCUGAAGCGGAGCCGCGAGGAGGAGGACACCGCCUUCUGGGGCUCCAAGGGGAAGGAAGGUUUCCGGACCUUCUUGCAGAAGAAGUUUGGGGGGAUCCUCAAGGGCUGGCGAGCGGUGGACAGCCAGGGCUCCGGCCGUUUGGGCUUCCACGAGUUCUGCCACGCCUGCCGCGCCGUGGGAUUCCAUGGGAACUUCAAGAAGCUCUGGGCGGAGCUCGAUGAGAAGGACACGGGCUCGGUCUCGCUCAUGGACGUCGAUGGGGAGGUUGGCCACUACCUGGGCCACUUGGAUGGAAGUCACCUGCAGAUCGGACUGGCGGGCGUGAUGCCCCACGACGCGACGCGACCCUCGCGCGACGCUAUCGCAUGCCCUCGCGCGGUGCCCGAUGCGCGAUGCGCGUGCACGGCACGACGCGAUGCCCGAGGGACCUUUAAGUCCGCGCUGGUGGAGCACUAUGGGGAUCUGGUCACCGGCUGGAUCGAGGGCGUGGAUACGCAGCGACAAGGGCACGUCCAGGAGAGGGUUUGA